AUGGAUCCGUCGGAUACCUGCGCUACCACUUCUCCCACAUGGCAGUGGCGGGUAUCCCCGAACCCCACAAUCGAACUGUACCUCGCUCACUUGCAAAUGCGUCAUUCGGAGCAUCUGACGCGUAUGCAACAACUUGAGGAAGGACGUGCUGCAAAAUUAAGAAGCAUAAAGUACGUUCGUCUGGAUCACCGACUGGCGAAGUACAUGCGUGUAUAUCAGGUUAAUAUGAGCAGACGCAGUGCAAGCGACCCAUCCAAUAUGUGGCUUGUAACAUUGCCUUAUCUGGAUCGAGUGCAAUACCUGUUGUCCGAUACAGAUUCAACGGGACUUCGAAGCAGGAAAUCAGCUCGAUACCAGCAUAAGCAAGUUGUCGAAAGUAUCAACAAGAAUGUCACUGCAACUGCUGCCGUACACCAUGCACCUAGAGCUAAUAAGCUUGAUGCUAUA